CGAGAGUAGCCUCCCGGAAGUUCCACGUCAGUCAGCCGGUCGGCGGGUCGGUGGGUCUCUCAGUGCCUGCCUCUUCGUUAGCAAGUGGGGGCGUCCAGGCUCGGACCGACGCAGCCAUGCCUCUGAGACUUGAUAUUAAAAGAAAGCUAACUGCUCGAUCUGACCGAGUUAAGAGUGUGGAUUUGCAUCCUACAGAGCCAUGGAUGUUGGCAAGUCUUUACAAUGGCAGUGUGUGCGUUUGGAAUCAUGAAACACAGACAUUGGUGAAGACAUUCGAAGUGUGUGAUCUUCCUGUUCGCGCUGCAAAGUUUGUUGCAAGGAAGAAUUGGGUUGUGACAGGAGCGGAUGACAUGCAGAUUAGAGUGUUCAAUUACAAUACUCUGGAGAGAGUCCAUAUGUUCGAAGCACACUCAGACUACAUUCGCUGUAUCGCUGUUCAUCCAACCCAGCCUUUCAUUCUAACUAGCAGUGAUGAUAUGCUUAUUAAGCUCUGGGACUGGGAUAAAAAAUGGUCUUGCUCACAAGUGUUUGAAGGACACACCCAUUAUGUAAUGCAGAUUGUGAUCAACCCCAAAGAUAAUAAUCAGUUUGCCAGUGCAUCUUUGGACAGGACCAUCAAGGUGUGGCAGUUGGGCUCUUCUUCACCAAACUUCACUCUGGAAGGACACGAGAAAGGCGUGAAUUGCAUCGAUUACUACAGUGGUGGCGACAAACCAUACCUGAUUUCAGGUGCAGAUGACCGUCUUGUUAAAAUAUGGGAUUAUCAGAAUAAAACCUGUGUGCAGACCCUGGAGGGACAUGCCCAAAAUGUGUCUUGUGCCAGUUUUCAUCCCGAGUUGCCAAUUAUCAUCACAGGUUCAGAAGAUGGAACAGUGCGUAUUUGGCAUUCAAGUACCUACCGACUUGAGAGCACAUUAAAUUAUGGAAUGGAGAGGGUAUGGUGUGUGGCCAGUCUAAGAGGGUCCAACAAUGUUGCUUUGGGCUAUGACGAAGGGAGCAUCAUUGUUAAGCUUGGUCGGGAGGAACCCGCCAUGUCCAUGGAUGCCAAUGGAAAGAUAAUUUGGGCCAAACAUUCAGAAGUCCAGCAGGCCAACCUAAAAGCAAUGGGAGAUGCUGAAAUUAAAGAUGGGGAAAGAUUGCCACUGGCAGUAAAGGAUAUGGGCAGUUGUGAAAUAUACCCUCAGACUAUUCAGCACAAUCCUAAUGGGCGGUUUGUGGUGGUGUGUGGUGAUGGGGAGUAUAUCAUCUACACAGCAAUGGCAUUGAGAAACAAGAGCUUUGGGUCUGCCCAAGAAUUUGCGUGGGCCCAUGAUUCUUCAGAAUAUGCGAUAAGAGAGAGCAACAGCAUUGUAAAGAUAUUUAAGAAUUUUAAGGAAAAAAAAUCAUUUAAACCAGAUUUUGGAGCUGAAAGUAUCUACGGAGGCUUCUUAUUGGGAGUCAGAUCUGUAAAUGGCUUAGCCUUCUAUGACUGGGACAAUACAGAACUCAUACGCAGAAUUGAAAUUCAACCCAAACAUAUUUUCUGGUCAGACUCUGGAGAGCUAGUUUGUAUUGCCACCGAGGAAUCAUUUUUUAUCCUUAAGUAUCUGUCGGAAAAAGUCUUGGCUGCACAGGAAACACAUGAGGGAGUAACUGAAGAUGGCAUUGAAGAUGCCUUUGAGGUUCUUGGUGAGAUUCAGGAAAUUGUGAAAACAGGGCUGUGGGUAGGCGAUUGUUUCAUUUACACGAGUUCUGUGAACAGAUUAAAUUAUUAUGUUGGAGGAGAAAUAGUCACCAUUGCCCACUUGGACAGGACAAUGUAUCUCCUGGGCUAUAUUCCUAAAGACAACAGGCUUUAUCUUGGGGAUAAAGAAUUGAACAUCGUUAGCUACUCCUUGCUGGUUUCAGUCCUGGAAUACCAGACAGCUGUCAUGAGAAGGGACUUUAGCAUGGCUGAUAAGGUCCUUCCUACCAUUCCAAAAGAACAGAGGACCAGAGUUGCACACUUUUUGGAAAAGCAGGGCUUCAAGCAGCAAGCUCUUACAGUAUCCACAGAUCCUGAGCAUCGUUUCGAGCUUGCUCUUCAACUUGGAGAGUUAAAAAUUGCGUACCAAUUAGCAGUAGAAGCAGAGUCAGAACAGAAGUGGAAACAACUUGCUGAGCUUGCCAUUAGUAAAUGUCAGUUUGGCCUAGCCCAGGAGUGCCUGCACCAUGCGCAGGAUUAUGGGGGUCUGCUGCUUUUGGCCACUGCCUCUGGAAAUGCUAGUAUGGUGAACAAGCUAGCAGAGGGUGCGGAGAGAGAUGGCAAAAAUAAUGUGGCAUUCAUGAGCUACUUUUUACAGGGCAAGCUUGAUGCUUGCCUGGAGCUCUUGAUUAGAACUGGACGGCUGCCAGAAGCUGCCUUCCUGGCCCGAACUUACUUACCCAGUCAGGUGUCAAGGGUGGUGAAACUCUGGAGAGAGAAUCUGUCAAAAGUCAAUCAGAAAGCAGCAGAAUCCCUUGCUGACCCAACAGAGUAUGAAAAUCUUUUCCCUGGAUUAAAAGAAGCCUUUGUUGUUGAAGAAUGGGUGAAGGAAACACAUGCUGAUCUGUGGCCAGCCAAACAAUAUCCGCUUGUCACGCCAAAUGAAGAGAGAAAUGUUAUGGAAGAGGCAAAAGGCUUUCAGCCCUCCAGAUCUGCACCUCAGCAGGAACUUGAUGAGAAACCACCUUCUCCUACUCCAGUUAUUGUAACCUCCCACACAGCCAACAAAGAAGAAAAGAGUUUACUUGAACUAGAAGUAGAUUUGGAUAAUUUGGAAUUAGAAGAUAUUGACACAACAGAUAUCAAUCUAGAUGAAGAUAUUUUGGAUGAUUGAACGUAAUGUCUUCCAUUUACUCAACAGAUCAUUAUAUAGCCUGAUCUUUGGCCUCUUGGGCUGACUGGCCAUCUGGAUGGAGAAGGUGAUACAGCUGGACCAAGCUGGUGGCAUCAUCAAUUCUGAGAAUGAAAGGGCUUGAUGUUAUCCAUGGGUUUUCUUCAUCUGCAUCACAGUCCUAUAAAAGUGUGCACCAGCUUCAAACUAAAUUGCAUUUUAGACUUUCCUCAGGCUCGGGGGGCAAGGUGUUGGGUGGGAGGGGAGAGCCUUCAAGUUUUACAGUUUCAAAAGCAUUUUCAGGAAAAUUGACUAAUUUAGGUCUCACACAGAUUCUGUGAGGCAGGUAGGGCGGGAGUCACUACAGAGAGUGCUCAAUUUCUGAAAGUGAAUAUAUUCCCAAUGUGGCUACAUUCUUUUUGGAAAUGGAGCACCAUUUCUCACAGAAACAACAUUCCUAACGGUAGAUGAUUUCCAGGCCAGCCCGCUUCACCAGCAUGUAAUAAUCAAAUCCAACUCAGGGGACAGAAAUACAACUUCAUCCCCCACGAGCAGGAGGUUGGUGGACAUAGGGAUCUCAAAGUUACCUGUUUUACCAACAUGUGCUAACAAAUUUUCAUCAGAACUAAAUUAGUAGAUAAAUGCCUCUACUAGAGGCCCCCUAGGAGUCCAAGGAAAGACUCCAGGCCAUCUGACUAUUCACAGAACACAUCAAAAAUUCACAUCUUAGUAAAGCAAAUUUGAAAUUAUGCUGAUGGCACUUUUUGUCAACAUUAAAACUUUUCAGACUCCCCAAACCAAACAAUCACUAUCUUCUCAAAUGACACCUUCCUACCAUUUGCCACCUCAAAGGUUGGGGGGGGGGUAAUAUAAAAAUAACCCUUCCAAAAUGUUCAUAUUUUGAGGCUCUGCUAUGUACACUUAUUUAGUGAGCUACUAGCUUCUAGUUGGGAGCAGGAGGGCUGAGGACACCCUACUUCAGUGCCUACCCCCAGCUGUCACUCUUUAACCUUCCCUGCUUUCCCAUUACCUGAGCUCGGGAAUGAAGAGUAGGGUGACAGUGGGAGUAAGGUACAGAAUUCCACAAGCCAUGGUGAUGUGAGAGAAAUGCUCUAGGCCUAUCCUAAGGGCCAUCUACCCUAAAGGCCAUUUCUUGAGAAAGCUGAGAAACCAGAGCUACUUGUAUGAUAAAGCUUUUCAGGGAGAGAAAAUAAAAACUGUUACAAAUCUAUUGUGCUUGUUAUUAAUCUAACAAAGUCCAAUAAAUAUGGCAACAGAGUACCUCCCGAAUAAAAGAUGAAAAUAAUUCCCUUUCAAGCUUAGGCAUGUGGCCCUAUAAAGAGCUUAACUAGGUCUCUACCUAUUAGAAUCAUGUUUAGUGCUUCACUGGGUUCAGGCUAAAGUGUAA